AUGGGUGAACCAUCCGUCGAGCAUCCGCUAACCAAAAGGAACCUCGAGAAUUUCGGAUACGAAGCCUUUUCAAGUCCUGCCUCAUCAAUAGACCUACCAGACGACAGGCUCGCACGUGCGAAGCGUCAGACGUACCACAUUCUCUGGAGCUUGAAUAAGAUUGGCAUAGAAGGCAAGCGAAUUUUACAAGACGUAGACCUUUAUGUUGUCGACUACGAUGUCCGCUAUCGAGGCGCGAAAAAGCCCACUCCCGAUCUCGAGGAUGUCGCCUUUUGGGACGCCAAAUUACAUGAAUACGAACAAAAAUACACCCCCAUAAUAAGGCUGGAACGGGCGAAGGGACGGGUGCGCGCAGCGAUGACAAGUCUCCAGAGCUUUCGGCCAGAAGGACUCCAGGCUCUGGAACGGGACGAGCUCUAUAUUCCGCACGCCGGUGUUGUCCACUAUCGUGGCUCGCGAGACAGUAUGCCCGACCUUGAGGACCCAGCUUACUGGGAGGCCAGAUUAGAAUAUUUUUCCAACUUAUACAACGAUCUUUUCCAAAAGAGUCGACCUAGACCUCCGUCCAUAUCGGAAUUUGCAUCUUCAGAAUCGGCAGUGGAGGAGCAGGAGGCUGACGAGGCAAUCAGGGAGGAAUACCAACUCGGCUGGCACAGGAGGCAAAAGGACAUACAGAGGUGGGCACUCGCACAAUCCACGCCUAUCGAGCUCACCCCACGCGGCAGUCCUGUCAGUCUUGCAGGUUCAGAAGGGACCGUUUUGAACACUGCUCAGAAGGGCCUGCUGCAUACUUCGACGGAUGCGCCCCCUCGAUCGGAUGGUACAAAUGUGCCUUUAUGGGCCACCCCUUCUGCAAAGCGUCUGAAGAGGGCAAGCUGUGAUUUGGAUACAUUCCCAGUGCUCCAGCGUAGGGAAACAAACGAUCGUCCCAAUAAGCGUCUAAGGACCCAGGGGUAUAACAAGACGAUUCGUGUCAUGGGGGAAACAAGCAGCGCAUCUUGCGACCCGCCACCACACAACCUGGUAAACGUAAAGAAAGGAGCUGGGAAAUCCCAGCGGACAAACAGCGGGAUUCUAGGCGGCCAUACGGAGCCUAGUAGCCUGGCCAAGCCGAGGAGGAGUCAGCGCAUAGCAGCGCUGCCGAGGAAGAAUUAUCGCAUAUGA